AUGGGAGAAGUUGUGCAGAUAGUGGUGUUUGUGAUGGCUUUCAUCAGCUGCAACGCCCUCCUGGAUCUGUCUGGUGUUCACCAGGUAAAGGGCACAUGGAUGGGAUCCACCACUUUACCGUGUACCUACAUGCCCUCAGAAGGUUUCACACAGCAAAUGCUCAUCUGGAGCAUGGAGCGAGAUUAUAGCACCUCUACCAUCUUUCGGAGGGAUGAUUCUGGUGACCAUGUCUUGUUGUCUCGGUUCCGAGAGCGGGUCAGUGUGCCAAAGCAUAGCCCAGGGAACGCCUCACUCCUAAUCGAGAACCUUGAAAUCCCUGACAGCGGACACUACACCUGUCAAGUCAUCUGGAGGUCUAAAAAUAACAGCUUGAUAACAAAGGAGGUGACCACUAUGGUUAAAGUUGUCAAAGUUGCAGUGACCAAGCCCGUCAUCAGGGCCGGCGAGCUGGGGCUGACAGUCCCGGCAGGAGCCAGGACCAGCCUGACCUGUGUGGCCAGCGGGUCCCCCCCCAUCAGCUACCGCUGGUUCAGGAGCGCCCCGGGAGGGAAAGCCCUGCUCCUGAGCAGCCAGGCCGAGCUGGCGUGGGACAGCCUGCGGCCCUCCGACACCGGGAAGUACUACUGUGAGGCAGAAAACAGGGUCAGGGCCGGGGCUGUGCAGCAGAGCGACACCGUUGAGCUGACAGUGAGAGAGUCCCCAGUCACACAGCAGCCCAGCCCUGAGACCGACAGGCACAGCAGACCCCCACUCACCCCCCAAGGCGAUGCACCCCAGCGAGUGCCCACAGGUGAGUGGAGUUCCAUGCUAGAAAACACAAGAUUUGCGCUGGCAAGGACUCUCUAUGAAGUUGCUUUCCAUAGCACUGCAGAUGUCACAAGAUUGGAGACUGAUGUGGAAGUGCCUGUUAAGUGCCUACACAAGGAUACAAAUUCUAAGACUGAAACAUCCAAUGACGCUUUCGCCAUGAAAGACAACGGCCGUGACAGCAUAUGCAUCAGGAAAAAUCCUGAGUAUGAAAACCUUGUGAAUGCAAUGGAAUCAGAAUAUGAAAUAGAAAAAAUUUAGUAGGGUACCAGCUUUUCCACAUGAGCAGCCGUGCAGGGCUGCAGAUAUUGAGUGGUAAACUUUACCAAAGGAAAUUCUUCUUCCUGUCUGCCUUCUGCUCUGAUAAAUAUACCAGUCUCACUGCUU